AUGAGUUCUGUACUUCCAAGCCAGUCCACCGCUGGUCACUCGCCGUCACCACCGCCCCCGCCGCCCCCGCCCCGGCUGGCCAUAAUCGACUUCAACCAGCUGACGCGCGGCGGCCUGGAGGCCGCCACAGGCAGGACGCGCCGCCGCCGUCGCCCACGCACCCGUCCCCGCCACAGGAGCGCCAGCGCCAACCUCCUCGCCACUGGGCGGCCUGGCACAGUUCCAGCACACCGUCAAAGACGUGGAGUGACAGCUAGCAGAGCAACGCACAGCGACGCUUCAGCCAGCGAUGAGAAGUAAAGAAUCCGCGAAACGCACAUCAAAAUAGAAUAGUUAUCUUAUAUUUUAAGUCGCACAAAUUAUCAGUAAUGCCAUAAAUGAUAACUACAUUAUUUGUAGCCAUAUAAAUUGUAUAUCCCAGCCAUUACUGCUAUUUCUGUAUCACUUUCUAUAACGUGUAUCACUUUAUGUUAUCAGUAACUGAUUUGCUAUUUGUUUUAGUACUUUCUAUCCAUAUUGAUUGCUGUAAUGCAAUGAAAUCGAUAUUUGCAUCUAUUGACACAUUAAUGUCCUAAGGUACGCGUAUAUUAUAAACGAUUC